GAAUACUUCUGCAAAUCUCGCGGGUAUUUAUCAUUCUAAUAUUUUAAUUAAAUUUUUAUUAUUCAUACUUGUUAUUUGACGCGUGUGAGAUUUAAAUUCGCCGCCGCAGCGCACGCGCAAUGUUGAUCAAUGCAAUGAGGCUAACUUCAGGGCGAAUCAUGCCAUUGCAUGCCAUUGUGCGCAUUAUGUGAUUAUGGUACUGUGGUACUGAUGGUAGUGUAAAUACGACGAGGACAAACCGUACGGCUUUAUUCGCGACAGUGAAUUACGUGUAUACAGGUACAGGUGUACAAAGAUAACGAAGUACGGUACUCGAUCGCCGCAUGGCUCGUGUCGGCGAGAGGGGAUUAGUUAAGCGUCUGUCGAUCAAUCGUUCCGCGGAGCGGCUCAUCAUUCGCGACGGCUCGGUGUUGCCCACGUGAAUGUUACCUCGAUCAUCAUGCGAUGACGGUUUUCAACUACUUUUGUGGAACUGCUAGAACGUUGCAGCUUAUACAGUCUCCUUCUAAUGUAUACAAGAGUCUGCGCUUUUUUUUUCGAAAUGAAUCUAGUUUUGUGCCUAAAAAAGUACUUGUUGUGGCAAAAUUAUCUCGGUACCAUUUUGAAAGAUUACGGGAACCCGGGCUCAACGAGGCCCAGCUGAAGUUGAAGCUGCUAGAAAGAGGUUCGGAUUAUAAUACCAUGUUCGCCAGCCACUUAGCCACCAAGGCUGUAGAAAAUCAAAUUGUUCAAAUCUUGCAAAAAAUGAAUGUGGAGUAUAGGGUAAUAGAUAGAACAAGUUUACGUCAAUCGCUUUUUACAUGGGCGGACUUAAUACUGCCGAUCGGCGGUGACGGAACGUUCCUUUUAGCUUCGAAUUUAAUAUUUAACAAUAAAAAACCUAUAAUGGGUAUUAAUUCGUAUCCUGAAAAGUCAGAAGGGUACCUCCUAUUACCAGCAAAAUAUACGAAUACUAUACCAGAAAUUUUUGAAAUGCUAAGAGCAGGACAUUACAAUAUACUCAUGCGAAGACGAAUUCGAAUCACUUUAAAAGGAGAAGAAAUAUGGCAAGCUUCUUUUCAUAUGCAUGAAAAAGGACGUUUUAUUGGCGACAAGUUUUAUUUGAACGAGAAGUUCGAAAACAAACAUAUCAAAUUACCAAAAGAAAGACGUCUACCUUGGUUGGCGCUUAAUGAAGUUUUUAUGGGCGAAACAUUAUCGGCACGGACGAGUUCUUUACUUGUAAAAUUUGAUGAGGAGCAAAACUAUCAUAAAAUAAAAGGUUCCGGUUUGUGUGUGAGCACUGGGACAGGGUCAACAUCUUGGUAUAAAUCUAUACACAGUCUGAAUCAUCAAACCGUGCGGGAGAUAUUAAACCUCAUAGAUACCAAACGGAAAUUUACCAGUGACGAAAUUGAUAUGAUCUGUUCGUCGUUUAAUAGUAGCUUACGAUUUGAUGCAGAGGAUUCCAAAUUGUGUUAUUCCAUAAGAGAUAUGAUAAUGAACAACGUAGUACCCAUUCCAAAAGAUGUGCAUACUCGUGGUUUCUGUAAAAAGGUCACUGUGAAAUCACAAUGCUUUGAUGCAGGUUUGGUUCUCGAUGGUGGAAUAGCAGUCCCCUUUAACUUUGGCACCAUCGCGGAAUUAGAAACUUUUCCUGAAGAUUCUCUACGAACUAUUACACUUCUUGGUUGAAUUGACAGCUUUUAACGGAUUAGGACAUUCAGUAAUAUUUUUGAAACUUGCGCAAUGUCAAUAUAAAAUUUUAUUGUAAAUAUCAUUUCUAUAUUUUUUAUUAAAAUUAAUAAUUUCUAUGAACAAUUAUUUAAAAUAUAAUGUGUAUAAUAUUUAAAUAUUUGCAAAGCUAAUUUGAAAUGAUCUAGUAAUCUAGUAAUUUAUUAAAUUCAGAUAUUAACGGAACUUUCCGAAAAAAGCAAGCUAUGUAAUUUAAAAAAACUUAUGAAUGCUAAAGUACUACAUAAUAUCUAUGUUUUAAAAAAAUACUGGUAAGAAUUCAAUUCAUUGAAAGAAUGAAGAGCUAUGAAAAAUAAUACUUUUAUUCCUCUACAAUCAAUAGAUCAUUUAAAUCAUUACUUUAAAAUUGCAUAAAUUGUAAAAAAAUAUAAAAAA